GAAGCAGAGGUAGAGCUCAGUUAUGUGAGGCUCCUGCAUUGUCAGCAGCACCUGGGGGACAGUGGGGGAAGGGGAAAUGACCUGUCAUUAAGAAGCCUGUGCUUUCUGUUCUUCAAGCAACCGCAUAACAUUCUGCAGAGGCGCCUCAUGGAAACCAACCUGUCUAAGCUCCGAAGCAGUCGUGUCCCAUGGACCUCCAAGACCAACAAACUCAAUCAGGCUAAGUCUGAGGGACUGAAAAAGUCUGAGGAUGAUGACAUGAUUUUGGUUUCUUGCCAGUGCGCUGGAAAGGACGUGAAAGCCCUGAUUGACACAGGCUGUCAAUAUAAUCUCAUCUCUUCAGCCUGUGUGUAUAGACUGGGACUCAAGGAGCAUGUCAAAUCUCACAAGCAUGAAGGAGAGAAGCUGUCUCUACCCCGGCAUCUGAAAGUAGUGGGGCAGAUUGAGCACCUAGUGAUCACACUGGGUUCCCUUUGCCUGGACUGCCCAGCAGCGGUGGUUGAGGACAAUGAGAAGAACUUAUCCCUUGGUCUCCAGACUCUCCGAUCUUUGAAGUGCAUCAUAAACUUGGAUAAGCACCAGCUGAUCAUGGGGAAAACAGACAAAGAAGAAAUCCCUUUUGUGGAGACAGUUUCUUUGAAUGAAGACAACACUUCAGAAGCAUAACUGCAGCCUGCAGCAUAUGCACACACACCAGGUUGACAGAUUGAGGAAACUGGGUUUGAACCAAAUGCAGUAGCAACUUGCUGUGGACCAAGUCCUUUUCUCUAAUAGAAGCUCCAGGGCUCCUUCCCACCCAGACCUCUCUAGACUUUAGCCUGUGCUUAGAGAUCUUGUCUGAUUAUAGCCAUUGUUUUUUACUCCUUUGAUCACUUGAUUUCUAGACCUUUUUGACACUGCCGGGUCUCACUUGUGGCCUAUUUUUAUGCUUCUUACAGGAAUUUGCUUUAAUUUGUCAAGUAUAGGAGCUGCCAGGUCCUGUUUCUGUAUAAGUACACUUGCUUCUUUUCCUAUAGCUAAAACGUAUAAUAAACAGGAACCUGACCUUUAUCUCCUUUCAGCUGUUUCAGAGAGGUGCAGGAUGCCUACGUCUCAGAAUUAAUAUUCUAACUCGUUCAUUGGUUUCUCAAGUAUGGAUAGAUCUGAAAUCUGAAAGAGCCCAGAGACAUAAUCUGAAGUUCCAGAGAGGCAAGUGAAUUGCCUAAGCUCAUAUACUGAGUCAGUGGCAGAAGGGACCUAGAACUGAGACCUGAUAAGCCAAGGCUGUGUUCAUUCUCCCUUACUGCUUCAUUUGUAUUCAAGCCUUGAGAGGAAGAUGAAGAAAUGAGGGUUUGUAAAAAGGGUAGGGGAGGGGAGGGGAAGAGUAUGCUUUGGGGAUGGAUGCAAGAAGGAUCUGGGUAUAUCUCCUUCCUGUGUGUUAAGUCCACUAAAAGUCCCCUGACCCAAAUGGACGCUUUUAGGCCCUUAUCUUAGCACCUAAAAGCUGAGGGUACAAAGAUCAAUGAGAUGGUCUUUCAUGUGGAACUUUUUGGAGGGGAGGAGGAGAAGGAACCACAGACAGAAGAACAUUAAUUACUCUCUGGGAUGGAAUUGAAGGCUUCAGUAAAUAAUCUAGGCAUCUUCGUUAGACAUUAAUAUUCCCAAGAUCCAAUCACUAUCUCUGUAUAGACUCUGAUCUUUGUCUGCCAUGGACUCAAGUAGCUGAGAAUGGGGGUAGGUAAAGAAGACCCAGAGCAGGUCCAGAAUAGAAGGGAGUACUAGGUAGAGUCAGUUGGUGGGAAGGCCUACAUAGGGAAAUCUUUCUGGGAUGGUCAGGAUGAAACUUCAGGCAGGGUGUUGAGGGUUGGGAACUCUUCGGUUCUGUCCUGGUAUGAGGAAAGAGGCAGGGCGGGGGGGGGGGGGGGGGGCGAGAAGGGGGAGCUGGCAGUAUUAAGGACAACUUUUUCUGACUGUCCAAUAUUUCCUGAUCCCUCUCAAAGAGUUGAAGAUCACAAGGACUUCUCGAAACUCGGUGUUGGGGGUGUCAUCUUGGGCACACAGAUACCUAUAGUGGAAUUUCCUCUUCAGUUUGGUCAUGGAAAUACCUGGAGAAGUCAGAAAAAUAGCCAGCUGUGAGUAUCUCUUCAGGAGAAUCCCAGUUCUACCCUUGAUUCAUAGCAUUAGUUCCCACAGUACUUAAUGGAUCCCACUGUGAACUUUGCCAGGUCCCACCAACAAUCUCAUUUAGUGUUCAACUGCUGUCCCUACCAAACAACUCUUUGGAACUCUGAAUGUUUUUAGCUUUACAGAAACUCCCUAAAGACUAGAAAGUUGGUGACUUCCACUUGAACAGCUGCAGCCAGUUAUCAUGGGGUCAUCCUCAGACCCCCUUCUUAUCAGCCCGGAUGGAGGAAGUGAGAUGAAAAACCAAGUGUAGCCAUAGUAGAGGAGGUCACAUUCGAAGCUCAGCAGGGGUGAUCUCAGGUUACCAGCCUUCAAUGCCCCCUCCAGUCCUACCCCAUUGUCUUACCUAGGGGGCCUUGUGCCUUUCCAUUGAAGUCUCUCUACUCUCUUCCCCUACCUACCAUAGCAGCACUUUGGCCUGCUUCUGAUCCUAGAACUGAGUUGAAAUGCUUUACCCCUCCUUCCCUAGUUGAAAAUUCCACUCUGAGCGUUGACUCUUGGCCACAUGUGAGGCAUGUUGGAAGUUCCUUGGCCUCCUUUACCUUGUAUGGAUUCCCUGUGGACCAGGAGACCAGGAAUUCUCAGGGAAAGAUGCGACUGAUUCUGGCUCUGAGUCCAGGAUUCUGUGACAUCAGGGGGAUGAUCAGACAACCCUUAGUGAUCUUUUUGGCCUCUGAGAAUCAGUCAGUGGUUUUCCAAUUUUGAAAUAUAAACAGUUGGGUUCGUUUAAGCAUAGGGUAUCAUAAUCUCAAUGCAGUCAAAUCAUUUGAAUUUACUAAAUAAAUAAUUGCGCUUUAAAACCCAGGCUUGAAGGCGGUAACUUAAAAUAUCUAAUGACAAUUAUGAGGAAUCUUGAGCUUCAUUAAUCUUUAAGUGCUGCCAAGUUGAUUACUCUGGUAGCCCAUAUCUCCUUGAUAUUCAUUAGGGAGCACUGGGUUUACUUUUGGGGGACUGGUAAGGUAGGCAGGUAAGGUCAGUUCUUCCCAGAAUCCUAGAAUAUUCUCUCUGGUGCCUCUGAUUGAGGAUGUUGGAAGAGUCUACCUAGGUCACAGUUCUGAAGACAGGCAGUAGCGAGAAGUAACCCUGUAGAACUGGUACCCAUCGCCUUCCUUAUUAGGUGUCCAUCUCAAAUACAGAAAGUUUAGAAAAUAUUGUUUUUGUCAUUUGGUAUUUCUAUGCCUGACUUACUUGUGGAAUAAAUGGUUUCUGACUUUUCUAUUUCCUUGCCCUGCACAGAUCCCACCUGGUAAGAUUUUCUAUCCCUUAGCUCAAAGUGUCUAUAGAAUGGAUUGUUUGGUAUGUCAGCUAUCUUCACUCUGUGUGAUAGAAAUAUCUUUCCAGGUUGGGGACAUGGAGGAGACGAACUGGAUUCCUCCCUCCUUCUGUUUCCAGGCCUCUGCAUUAGCACUUUAUCUGCUCAGUGUUUCUGGCUGUGUUGGGUUUAUUUGUGAAAUUGACGUAAUUAACAAUAAAGUGAAAUCUUCCCCGCUG